UUCUUUACAAGGAUUAGAUGUCAGGAAUUGUGAAAAACUUAGUUUAAAUGUAUUUGGCUAAGGUGUAUGUAAACUUCUCACUUCAACUGUAUUUAAGCCAGUCAAAUAAAACAUACUUAUUCUAUUUUAUUUCAAACAUGAAUGAGGUGGCAUUGUGUGACAAUAAAUGGUGACAUUUUAGUUUUUGUGGUCAGAAAUGGCGUAGGCCUAAACCUAUACCAUGAGUGUGAAUCUGGAAGUGAAAUUCAAAGAUUUUAAGAGCGGAAGUGGGGGGGUGUCAAAUAUCAUCUUGAGAAAUCCUCGACAGCUUUCUAAACAUGUUGAAUCACUGGGAAAUCCAUUGGUAAACCGGUUUUGUGAGAUCCAUAACCAAAAAGACACUGUCUGUGUCUGGAAAGUAUCCCAUUUCUCUAUAUAUUGCACUACUUUAGACCAGGGUCCAUAUUUUACUUAUCUGGUCAAAAGUAGUCUACUAUGUAGGGAAUAGGUAACAAUUUCAGACACACGCCAGAUAGUUAUACCUUGGUAGGUUUCAUACAGCCUACAGGGGUGAUAAGGAUUGAUAUACUGUUACACAACUUUCUUCGUUAUGUCCAAUGGAUAUUCUAUACAGGUGAAACGUUAGUGAGCCAAACACAAUACAUUAGAAGAAUACUUUUUGAGCAUGUUUCCAAUUCAGAUAUUAUACAAAUAUUCCUGAUAUUUUAGUGAAUUUGGGAGAUUCACUCAAUGGGUUCUAACAAUGACUGGCAAAGAUAUGCUAAUAUGGUAGUAGGUAGCUGGACACAGUCCAAGAUUCUGUCUGUCUGUUGUCCUGGCAGAUUGUGGUCUAUUUUUCUAACCUCUCGUGACAACUACAGUACUUCAGGAAGUGGGGAAAUAGUAGAGGAAGUCCCUUGUUACUUCACAAUAUGAUGAGCCGGGAUUAAGGAAUUUACAUCUGAAAAUUCAUUACAUUUAAGCAUGCUUGACAUAAGCAGAAAUGACAAGAUUAGGAAAUGAUAGAAAAGAACAAAAACUUCUAGUAUUUCACCUGAGGGAACAACAGGAUUCAGCAUACUCUCCAUUUAUUAUUAUGACCUCAGACAACUUUAGAAAUGAAGUUUAGUUUCCUAGUCCUUUAGGAAGAUGGAUUUAAACAUACAGUAAAUAUUGUAUUUGUAUUUAGAUAUACAUGACAUUUUUUGUCAUUUAGCAGAGGCUUUUAUCCAGAGCUACAUGUAUUUUACAGUCAGUCAGUGCUUGUAACUAAAUUGAGUAGGGAAAAACAACAACAUAUGAUAUCACAGUCAUUUCAACUAUAGACCAUUCUUUGCACUUUAACCGUAAUGUAUGAAAAGUAAUUUACAAGUAAAAUUACAAGGUAGUAUUAUAAUACAUUUUAUUAUAAAGUCAGGUGUUAAGUUGCUUAAUCGGACUCAUCUUUCUUAGUGUUGACAUGAACAAUGGUUUAUCUUCUAUUCAUUUAGUUAUAUUGAGAUUUGAAGUCAUGAAAACACACGAAUGUCUUUAAUAAAGUAUAUUGGCACUAUUACAAUGCACUUCCUCUAUCAACAGGGAAAAAAGGCAAAUGCAUUAGUAUCCUGUUUUAAAACAUUUCUAUUGAACCUUUAUUUAAACAGUCCCAUUGAGUUAAAAAACAUAUUUCUUUGAGAGACCUGAAGCACGACAGCAGCCUCAACACAUCAGUAUCAGACAAACAGGCACAUGACAUCAACCAGAAGAAGAUAAAUCAAUACAAUAAGUGGCACGUCGGUAACGAGCAUGUACACAAGCCAGAAUUUAACAUAUGAGUGUAAUACUGUACGUCAAACUGUCCAGUAUUUCAUCACCAACAUCAUUAAAGGGGCAAUCUGCAGAUGUUACAUUCCUUUUUGGAAUAAUUUAAUGACAUUUAGGCAUACACAUUGAUUCUUGAAUUUAUAAAUGUCUCACGAGCAUAUUUCAGCAUAUCUAUAGUACCCCAUCAGAACCCAAAACAUAGCUGGUUUCACUACAAUGUUUGUAAACAGAACAUAUAAACAAACACUAUAUAGCUUCAAAACAUGGUUAAAACUGUAAUUUUUUAAAAUAUUGUGGAUAGUCAGUAAUUGCAUUCAUAGCUCUGUCUCUGAAUUUGAGAGUGGUUACAUUUCUCCAGCCUCAUCCCUCAGAUUUUUAAUGAAACGGGCGGGAGGACGCUUUGUUUAUCGUUUGAAUUGCGGAUUGUCCCUUUAAACAAUACAAUGUGCUAGCUGGUCUGGUAAAACCAUCCCACUUCCUCCUGUGUGUAGAGGGAAAUUCCCAGUGUGUGCCCAGGGUGUAUAUAGGACAUACAGCUCACAACAUGUAGUCAGAAAACAUUGGUUCAGAGAACAAUUUAGGAUUCACAAGAACUAAGGACUAACAAGACACUGCUACCUACCUACAAACUUCAAAACAACUCAUUAAGGUAAAUUAACUUUAUAUUCUGUCUUUACUCAUGUUUGCAAUAAUACUUCUACUGUAUUGAUGGCCAUGUAUUAUACAGCUAAUUGUGGUAGCAUUAUUUAUUGCUAUAUAGUGUUAGUUAUAACUCAUAUUUAAAAUGUUUAUUUAGACUGAACUGUAUAUGUAUUUACUGUUAACAUCAGAUCUGAAUGAGCUUUCAACUCUUCAGCAUCUUUAAGCAACUGAUUAAGCAUGAUGCCAAUAUAUUAUGGACAGGACAGAGCUUUACAAAGGGAUGCUUUUAUUUUCCAGAUCUAACUACACAGACAUGGAUUUUGAGUCAAACUACAGUUUAAUAAAGAACACCUCUGAAAGCACAGCAUGGAGCUCCAAGCUGCCUCAGGGUCUGGAUCUGGAGGUAUCCCAUCACCCCAUCACCAUGCGCCACAUUGCCAACCUCAUCAUCGCCAUGGAGAGGUUAAAGGGUGGCGAGGGGGUUACCAUGGGAACCGAGUUCAAGGACAAGGACCUGCUCAACUUCUUACUGGAGAGUGCUGUGGAAGAACAUAUAGUGUUGGAGUUGGAGUCGGCACCCUCAACGAGGAGGAGGGCAGCAGGGUUCAGCAGUACAUCACAGUAUGAGUGUAGCGUCACUGACUCUGAGAACAAGUGCUGGGUCUUGAUGAAUGAGGCUAUGGAGCUGCACGCCAUGAUGCUCCAGGGAGGCAGCAGCUACCACAAAGUGCAUUUGAACCUGUCUUCGUACGUCACGCCUGUCCCCGUUGAGACUGAAGCCAGACCUGUAGCCCUAGGCAUAAAGGGAUCCAACCUCUACCUGUCCUGCUCCAAAUCGGGAGGCAGGCCCACCCUGCACCUUGAGGAGGUUGCGGACAAGGAGCAGCUGAAGUCCAUCAGCCAGCAGAGCGACAUGGUGCGUUUCCUUUUCUACAGACGGAACACCGGGGUUGACAUCAGUACCCUGGAGUCUGCCAGGUUCAGGAACUGGUUCAUCAGCACGGACAUGCAGCAGGACUACACCAAACCGGUGGACAUGUGUCAGAAGGCAGCCCCCAACCGCCUUACCACCUUCACCAUCCAGCGCCACAACUAAGAUGGCCGCAAACACUGACACAACACCAGUCAGGCCAAGGCCUCCAAUAGAGAUCCUCUACAAUUCAUGUGAUUCUAUUGGCCCUCUGUGAUCAGGAGUGGGUUGCCACUGUGGGUGCACGCACAUCAACAGAUUUAAGUGUAUUGCUUGUAAGACACAAGAAUUUCAUGAGGUUUAGAGUAUGUACUGAGUACAGCAUGUUACCAUUGGGGUGUAUUGACCUAGUCAAUAUUGUGGUAAGCGCCCCUGAUAUAAUCAAAAUAUGCUUAAAACGAAAGCGAAGUCAUUAUUGUUCUACUAUUUAUUAAUAUAUCUAUAAUUCAGUAAUUUAUACUUAUUUAUCAAUGUAUAUAUUUGGCUCUGUUGAUGUUGCACAUAUUCAUUGAUACAUGCAAACAUUUAAAAUUCUUAUGUGCUCUUUUUAAUAAACAUAUUUAAAU